AUGAAAAAAUUUUCUCUUCCAAGCAAACACGAAAACUCAAAGAAACGACGGCUGCCAGCCAGCCUAGAACUCGAUAAACUAGAAACAGAACGAGCAAAACGGCGAUACGUUUCAGAGUUUCUUUCCUCAGAAUUGGGGGCGCUUUCGUUGCAUGAAAGCGAACAGGAUUCUUGUACACAAAGCAGUUCUGAUAAUGACAGAUCAAGAUACACAGAGAAAACAUCUUCGACACGAUCAAAACAUGUAGUAAUAGUCACAGAUCUUGACGCAGAUGCUUCCGAUUCGGAAAACAGUGAGAUUGGUGAUCACAAUAACAACCAAAAAAACAAUCACAUUAAAAACGAGACUACCAUACAAAUACCUCGUGAUCUACGAAAGUCUUUGCAGAAAAUACCUCAGGAAAUCUUGGUCUCGCGAAAGAAAGAGGAAAAUCCUGUGCAGGCUUUAGUAUUGUAUAGGCCACCUAUUUGGCCGCUAGAUAGCCUAGUGGGGAAGAAUAAAAAACGAACCGGCAACAAAACCUCUGAAAUUGACAAUACAGACAAAAUGAACAAUAAUUAUACUACAAGUUCAAUAUCUGAAAUACACAAAUCACGAAUAAUAAUAGAAAAGAAUAAUGUUAGCAAUAAAGCUCAAGAAUCACCAGUAGUAGCAUUGUCAUCACACAUCGUAAAUAAUUCAAUGAUAGAAGAAGACUUGAUUCCUUCAGAGGUUGAAAUGGAUGUCGACGAAGUUCUUCCUGCUCUAGAAGGAGAAGGAAAUGUUUCUCUUGAAUCUGUUGUUGCUGCUAUCCCUAAUAUCGAUCCAUUUGUCAAAUUAACUACAACACCAACAGCAAGACGACGAAGAAACUCAUUUGAUGGCUACGAAGGAGAUAAUGAUGAUGAUGACAGUGCGUUAGACCAGAAUGAACAAGAAUCUUCACAGCAUGGCGACACAAACGAUAACAACCAAGUCGCACUCUCCAACAAAACUCAAGCUCUUCUAGAAUCUCCCAGAAUGGAACAACCGUCACCCGAAGGUUCAAUUCACGAAUCAACCAACGACAUUAACAAAGAAGAACAUACACACCUGCAAACAAUUAGAACUCUAUUGAGCUAUAUUGUAGACAGCGGAGGUGGUGAAACAUCCCGUGAAACAUCCCCUAAAACAUCCCCUAAAACAUCCUCUAAAGAGGGAACCCGAAUACGAUUUAACAGGGCAACAUCAAAAGGAGGUAUUUCCGAACCAUUGACUAAAGAACAACUAGCGGCGCCAUAUGUAGAAGAGGAAAGACCAGAGAAGCCUGAAAUUUUUCGAUAUCAAUCGGAUGAUAUUAUCGGGAGCUCAAACACAUGGAUUGUGGAUGGUGAAGGGUCUCAUGUUAAUAGUGGCAAUGAUAAUAGUGGUGGUCAAAAGGCUAAACACCAUUUAAGUGCAAUUUUUAAAAAGGCUGCUGCUUUGGCGGCUGUUAAUAAAGUUCUUGUUGCCGCGGACGGUAGACAGCACUUGAAAAAUGAUAAUGCGUAUAUGGCUCUUACUCCUACUUUCCCGAGUCCACUUGCUGUUCCUUUCUUUUGGUUGAAGCGAGAUUCUAGAGGGCGUAGGGCACCACCAAUUCUUUUGAACAUGUUAAAGCUCGCCAUCACCGACUCCGAAUACGACGAAACAUACUUUAACUUCCAAAAUAUAUUUCGCAUAGAACUAGAAUACGGUGAUGUCAAAUGGGUAAUAAAGAGAACCGGCAUCAACUUUUCCGAACUCGCUCUAAAACUAAUAAAAUCGCGUAAUGAGUUACCCGAUCUCCCAACAUUUCCUGCUAACCUCGCGCACUGGUUUCUGGCGAAGAUCUGGCCGGGGACGUUGGAAAAUCGGCAUAGACGCCAACGUGAUGCGGCACUCGAGCGACGCAAACAUUUGGAGAAAUAUUUGUUGGAGUUGUUGAAGGUGUUGAAUUUUUAUGUGUGUUAUGAUCUGUAUGAGUUUUUGGAGUUGAGCGUUAUUUCGAUUACAAGGGAUAUGGGGUGGAAGGGGAAAGAAGGCUAUAUGAGGAACAAAGUGCAGAGGUUUAGGACACCGCUUUGUUCGUUUAGUAAUACGAGUGAACGAUGGGAGAGGGAGUGGGUUAUUGUUCGCGAUUCGUACAUUGCAUUCUGUAGUAGCAUAGAUUCACCAACGCCCUCCGACGUCUUCCUCCUCGACUCCACAUUCAAAUACGAAAAAAACACAAGCGGCAUGUUCAUGUUCAAACUCCACGAUCACGUCACACUAAAAAACUACGCGCGCCAAAUUGAAAUAAAAGCCGAUUCGCGCACCCUCGCCGAGUUCACUGAAAGCAUUGAACGCGUAAAAGUCUCGUCUCCAUGGUUGAAACAACACCAGUACGAGUCGUAUGCUCCUAUACGGGAAAACGUCAAAGUCAAGUGGUAUGUCGACGGAAAAGAUUAUUUUCACGCAGUUUCGGAGGCAAUCUUGGCUGCUAAAUCAGAGAUUUAUAUUGAGGAUUGGUGGCUUAGUCCUGAAUUGUAUUUACGUCGUCCAACGGCACAGAACGAAGAAUUUCGCCUAGACAAGCUACUAAAAAAAAAAGCAGAAGAAGGCAUAAUGAUUUAUAUUGUAGUAUAUAAAGAAGUUUCACUAGCAUUCUAUAUGGAUUCGCAUCACACAAAAUUUACUUUGAGAAAUAUGCAUCCGAAUAUUAAAGUCCAAAGACAUCCGGAUCAUGGACCUGAAGGGAUAAUGUUUUGGGCGCACCAUGAGAAAAUAUUAGUAGUCGAUUGCCGAAUAGCAUUUUUGGGCGGCUUAGAUUUAUGUUUUGGACGAUACGAUACACACACUCACGAAUUGGCCGACAAUCAUCCAGAUAAAAUCCUUCCUGAUAUAUGGCCUGGUCAGGAUUACUCGAAUCCUCGAAUCAAAGAUUUUGACAAAGUUGCCGAAUGGGCACGAGUCUUGGUGGAUAAAUCUAAAGUUCCGCCACGAGAUGUUGCGCGACACUUUGUCCAACGAUGGAACUUUAUCAAAGAUGAAAAAGCGAUUGGACGUGAAACAUUACCGUUUCUUACGCCUAAAGGAGAGUAUGUUAGUACACGUGACGAGAGUAGGUUUAAAGGUACUUGUAAUGUACAGCUUUUACGAAGCAGCGCUGAAUGGAGCAGUGGAGUUAAGCAGGAGUUAUCCAUUUACAAUGCUUAUAUAGACCUGAUAAGAAAGUCGAAGCAUUUUAUAUAUAUUGAGAAUCAGUUCUUUGUCACUUCGACUGGCGAGUCUGAUAAGCCUAAUCCUAUACAAAAUAUUAUCGGACAGGAACUCGUAAAUCGCAUAAUAAAAGCCCAUGCAAAAGGUGAAAAAUUCAGAGUAAUCGUCAUUAUGCCUUUGUUACCUGCUUUUGAAGCAGAUUUAGCUUCUAAGGAUGCUGGUACUAUACGAAUGGUAAUGCACUGGCAAUAUGUAUCAAUUUGUCGUGGCGGACACUCUGUUUUAGAUAAACUUAAAGCACUAAGCAUAAAUCCUGAAGACUAUAUUUCAUUCUUCGCGUUAAGAAGCUACGAUAGAAUCAAGUGUAAUCCUAUCGAAGAUGACAAGAAUAGUCAAAAUAACAGCGAUAAUAAGAGUCAAACAACUGGUGAUCACAAUCCUCAAAAAGAAGAAUCGCUAAAGCAAAAAGGCAAAGAGGUUGAAGAAACCGAAGAUUCAUCAAAUUCAUUAUUCGGAAACCAAAAUAUUUACGCUCUAGAUUCCAUCGCUGCGAGAGCUCUAGGAUUGGCGUCCAUAGAGACCACGUCGACUCACGAACAACAACAACAACGGAAUUCAAAUUCAGUUCAGAAAGAAGAUUCAUUCUCGGACGAACAAGCAUAUGGACACGAAAAAUUUGAAGGCGUUGAACCGCCGCUGGCUUCGGGAUAUCGCGAUACGAAUCAUGGUUAUGUGACUGAGGAAUUGUACGUUCAUACUAAAUUGUUGAUUGUUGAUGAUCGUUAUGUUGUUUGUGGGUCUGCAAAUUUGAAUGAUAGAUCACAACUUGGUAAUCGUGAUUCAGAAAUUGCAGUCUUGGUUGAAGAUAAAUUAACAGUCACAACUCGAAUGAAUGGAGAAAUUUAUCAAGCAUCAAAAUUCGCCUACACCCUACGCUCUUUCUUAUUUAAAGAACACCUUGGUCUAAUCCCACCACAAGCCCACCACUCUGUCACAAAAAGCUCAUUACCACCCAUCAAUCCCGAAGAUCUGUACAAUUUUCAUGUAAGAGGCCACUCAAAAGGUCACUCAGUGACCGAUAUAAUCGGCAAGCAUUCAUCUACAGGUGGCACGCCUUCAAAACAUCCCACAAAAGAAGAUUUGAUAGUGAUGGAUCCGUUGUCUGAUGAAUUCUAUGAUUGCUGGGUGAAAACUGCUCGUACUAAUACAGAAGCUUUUCGUGCAGUUUUUCGAUGUGUUCCUGAUGAUAAUGUAACUGAUUGGACGGAAUACAAAAAUUUUGUUCCUGACGCAACCAAAGUUCCUGCGGGACACGUUGCCAACACACUACAAUCUCCCGAAGAGAUACAACAGAAACUGGAUAAAGUUCGUGGACAUUUGGUUGAGUUCCCGUUACAUUUCUUGGAAAAAGAGAAUUUGAUGGGAAGUGUGAUUUCUUAUGCGGUUACGCCUGCUGAAAUUUUUAUAUGA